AUGAAGAGGCGAAGGAUCUCCAUGGGAAGUGCAUGGCUUAUCGGAGAGGAACACACAGAUUCAAGUGACUUUGGCAAUGUUAAUGCUGCCGUUCAGACUGUUGCAAUCCAACUGGGUCUUCAUCAAGAUUACGUCGAGAUGAAGGAAAAAUACCCUAACGCAUUGGGUGGGAAGAACGUUAUUUACUCUUAUCCUGAUUCCCAACGUCAUAUCCUGGAUUGCUACUCCAAAAUGGCUUCGUACAAGUACUCAUUUUUUGGGCUCUUGGAAGGAGGCAAAGUGGAUAUUGGCAUGUUGAAGGUGAAGCUGACAUCUUUGGAUCCUCUUUCAAGGCGUAAUGCUGCAAGUGUCAGUGUUUGA